UCCCUUGAAAUUCCAUCGUCAAGUAAUCAUGUUGCGCACCCUUCACCUCUCCAAGCCUCUCGCCGCUACCCUCAGCAAGAUGGGCCCACGUGCCAUGAGCACCUCCACCAUCGUUCCCCAGGUUCAGGAUGUUCCUUGCUCCAAACUUGGAGGUCGCUACACUGUCACUUUGAUCCCUGGAGAUGGUGUUGGUCAGGAGACUGCUUCAGCUGUCAAGACCAUUUUCAAGGCUGCCAAGGUUCCUGUCGAUUGGGAACAGUUUGAUGUCUCUGGAUAUACUUCUGCUGAUGACACCCUUUUCAAACAGUCGGUCGAGUCUCUGAGACGUAACAAGGUUGGACUCAAGGGAAUUCUUUACACCCCUGUAUCCUCUCUCGGUCACUCUUCUUUCAAUGUCACUAUUCGUAAGGACUUGGACAUGUAUGCUUCUUUGGUACUUUGUAAGAACAUUCCUGGCUACCCCACUCGUCACGAGGGUGUCGACUUUGCUAUCAUCCGUGAGAACACCGAGGGUGAAUACUCUGGUCUUGAACAUCAGUCCUACCCUGGCGUUGUGGAAUCGCUCAAGGUCAUUACUCGCACCAAGUCUGAGCGCAUUGCUCGCUUUGCUUUUGACUUUGCUCUUCGUAACAACCGUAAAAAGGUUACUUGCAUUCACAAGGCCAAUAUCAUGAAGUUGGCUGACGGUCUCUUCCUUAAGACCUGUCGCGAGGUAUCCAAGGAAUAUGCCAGUUCUGGAAUCAAGUUCGAGGAUAUGAUUGUGGACAAUGCUUCCAUGCAGCUCGUCUCCAAGCCUCAGCAGUUUGAUGUUAUGGUCAUGCCCAACUUGUACGGAAACAUUGUUUCCAACGUUGGUGCUGGUCUUGUUGGUGGUCCCGGUAUUGUCCCCGGAUGCAAUAUUGGUCGCGAGUAUGCAAUGUUUGAGCCUGGCUGUCGUCAUGUCGGAAAGGAUAUUCAGGGACGUAAUACGGCUAACCCCUCUGCUAUGAUCCUCUCGUCAGUCAUGAUGCUUCGUCAUCUCGGACUUGAUGAUCACGCUAACAAGAUCGCCAAUGCUGUUUCCAAGACCAUCUUGAACGGUGCUGCCAAGACUCCUGAUAUGGGUGGUACCAGCACCACUACCGAUUUCACCUUUGCUGUUAUUUCGAAUCUGUAAUCCACUCUCUGUAGAUCACAAAAAAAAAAUUUUUUUUCACAACUGUCUGCGGGAUCUUUCGCAAGCCUCUCUCCUCAUACAUCUUUUUUUUCAUGAAUUUUGAUUUCAUUGUUUCCAAUACCACGUCUGCAUGUCAAUAAAAAAAAUAAAAUAAUCGAUGUUGUGUAUGGUAUUACUUAGUUUU